AUGUUUGACCAUCUCGCCAAUGAUCCAAAGCUUAGCCUAUCAAUGAAGCUUGAGCCAGGAGAUAUGCAGUUCGUAUACAACCAUGCUCUUUUACAUGAUCGUACAGGUUUUGAUGACUGGAAUGAUCCAGCACAAAAACGUCAUCUUUUACGUCUAUGGCUAUCAAUACCAGAGGAUAGGCCAUUGCCGGAUGUGUUUGCAUCGCGCUUUGGUUCGGUCGAAAUUGGUAAUCGCGGAGGAAUUCAUGUUCGGGGUACAAUGUCAACCAUUCCAUGGACAAUUUAA